ACGGCAGACGGGAAGCCUCUCGCUAACAAAUGGCGUCUCUCCAACGCGGAGCAGCUGAUUUCCCACCGAGCACGGCAGCAGGAGCGGCGGAGAGGUAAACACACCGCCCCCGGAUUCCUCUGCAGCGACGCAGCCUCUUGCUCUUCGCGGGGCUUGUGCAGCAGGCUGGCGGCUGGACGCUGCGCACUCGCCCGUAAUCGAGAGUAGAGACCGCGGUUCCGGUGUAGCAACAAACCCCGCUGAGAAGCCAAACAGACGGGAGCGACUCAGCCGCAGCUCCCCUCUGCUUUUGCUUGUUUAUCUGCCGCCGACGGUCGUUGGUGCUGCACCAGGGCCCGAUCUGAGGCGCUGUAGGCGACAGUAGCGGGUCAAAUGUUUCCACCCCGCUGUUGGAGGGAAACAUAAUGAACAUGGGCAUCACCCCUUCAGAGAUAUCCUCCUCCUCCACCACGACCUCCUCUUCCUCCUCCGCCUGACUGCCUGGCCGCCUCCUCGUUAAUCCAAUUCAGGAGAUCAUCUUCUCAACCCUUCCUGAGGUUACACCAUCAAGACGGCGUUAUCUCAGAAAGCCAGCUCGGUGGCGGUGAAGAUGACCACGGCACGGUACCGUCCCACCUGGGAGCUGGCCGUGGACCCCCUGGUCUCCUGUAAGCUGUGCCUUGGAGAGUUCCCUCUGGAGCAGAUGACCACCAUCACACAGUGCCAAUGUGUCUUCUGCACGCUGUGCCUGAAGCAGUAUGUGGAACUCCUGAUUAAAGAAGGCCUUGAAACUGCUAUCAGCUGUCCAGACUCUGCCUGCCCUAAAAGAGGACACUUGCAGGAAAAUGAGAUCGAGUGCAUGGUGGCCACGGAGAUGAUGCAGAGAUACAAGAAGCUCCAGUUUGAAAGGGAGGUGCUGCUGGACCCGUGCCGGACGUGGUGCCCUUCCUCGACCUGCCAGGCCGUGUGCCAACUAAAGGAAGCAGACUCUCCAGCGCUGCCCCAGCUGGUCCAGUGCGCCGUCUGCGCCCUCGAGUUCUGCUCGGCCUGCAAGGCCAACUGGCACCCCGGGCAGGCCUGCCAGGAGAACAACCUGCCCAUUACCUCCUUCCUACCAGGAGAAAACAGCUCUUUCUAUAAGAACGAAGAGGAUGACGCACCGAUCAAGCGCUGUCCUAAAUGCAAAGUUUACAUCGAGAGGGACGAGGGAUGUGCACAGAUGAUGUGCAAGAACUGCAAGCACGCCUUCUGCUGGUACUGUCUGGAGUCCCUGGAUGAUGACUUUCUCCUGAUCCACUAUGACAAAGGGCCCUGUCGAAACAAACUGGGCCACUCCAGGGCGUCUGUUAUCUGGCACAGAACACAGGUUGUGGGGAUCUUUGCCGGCUUUGGCCUGCUCCUGCUGGUCGCCUCCCCCUUCCUCCUCCUGGCCACUCCCAUCGUCCUCUGCUGCAAGUGCAAGUGCAGCAAAGGGGAUGACGACCCGUUGCCAACCUAACCACGCCGUCAGAGCUGGAGCGGAGAGCCGCUUCAAGGAUGGGCCAUCUUUUUUUCCUUUUCACCCCUUUACGUUAUCUUCCUCCCACCAGCUUUGAGCGCUUCAUAUGUUUUUUGGGCUGAGCCUGCACCAGCCCCAGCCGCUUCGGGAUCCAUCGCUCUGCAUGAGAGAGGCAUGGUAGAAAAGCGAUCCUGCACCUCGGCCUGGAGAGGGGCGCAGGGUCAAAGGUCAGAGGAGGUCAGACUUGUCUAUGGACCGCUGUGUCCGUGUGUGUGAGACGUUGGUGGUUUGGGGACGUGGAGGAAGACUGGGCCACGUCAAGUGGUCCUCAGUGGCGGGUUACUGUGGUGUGGUGUUUGGGCGGGUCAUUACAAACAAAGGAAAAAUCUGAGUUAAAGAUGCUUUUCUCUUGUAUGGACGUUAUCAUGCAAGAGCCACCUUAGAAAGAACUUUUACUUUAUCGCUCUGUUUUGUCGAUUUGUCGUACGCAACAAAAGCUUUUUCCCCACCACCACCACACUCGAUGUAGCUCUACAGAUUCAGUCCGUAGCAUUAGAGUCACACCACGCAUGUUUGGUGUCCACUCGAUGUGCACACUGGGCGUGAUUUCUACAUCACGUCGGCGACUGAGGUAGAGACGGGAGGCUGUUGUCACCCUCGACUCAAUGUACAGCACGUCCUCUUGAUGAUGUCAAUGUUUUAUAACCUGUUGCUUUUAAAUAGACCCGUGCUCAGAGUAGUGUCUAUGUGUUGUACUUUUGAGUGUUUUCCAAACUGUAAGGUACACUUAUUAAAGGGGAUUGCCACUCAAAUCUAAAAAAUACACUUAUUUUGUAAAGUUGACUAGUUUCCUUUAACUUUCAGCUUGUGUUUUAGACCUAAAUGUUCUUUUUUCAUCUUUGACACACCUCCAGACAUUGGAGUCAUCUUUGUGAGAGAGAGAUGGUGUGUUUCCAGAAGAUGUUACAGAUUUUUAUGAUCCUAGAUUCAGAAAUGUCCCAAAUUGAGUAGUUCUCCCCUUUAAGUUCAGCAUCAACGUAAAGUCCGUCAGAGGACUUUGUAUCCACGUGUUGUGGAGACAUUUUAAUACUACGCUAAAAGAGAUGUCACUCCUGUAAGUCUCAGUCCCCAGGUGGUGGUGUAGCCAAAAAGAAAUGAAUAGCCUUAAAUUGAGAAGAGCCAAAAUCAGGCAUUUCCCCCCUGUGCAUUAAAAAGAGUUAAAAGUUGAAUCCAAAUAAUCCCAGGGAAAGCAUGUUUAACAGCAUUUUAAAGCAUUACAGACAGUCAGUGAAGCCCUUUAUAUUCAGAUGAUUCUAUGAUGUCAUCCAUAUGCCACACUGUUAAUAGCCAUACUGUAAAAAAAAACAAAAAAAACUGUCCUAAACUGAUGUUUUGUGUGACCUGGGGCCUGUAUUUCUUAGGCCUUUUAGAGCAGGAGAGCUGAUCAGCAUCCACCCAACCAUCACAAAUGACCCGGAGCUGAACUCGGAUCAGAUCUCCCACUCUUUGAGACUUAACAGGUCCCCGCCGGCCCGAAUUGCAAACUUGCAUAUGUUAGUGGUCCGAGUGUCUUGUUUUGUUUUGUUGGUGGUUAGACCUCCAACAACAAGCAGCUACUCCUUGCAGGGACGUCAGAAAAGCCUACAGAGGAAAUACAAAAGAAUGUUCCAUUUUUUUGGGCAAAUUAUUAUAAAGCUGCUCUCUACUAUAUCACUUUAUCUAUGCAAGUUUGUACAUUACCAUUCUUAACAGGCUAUCGAUCGGUCAUAAUCAACUGUAUGUGAUGAGAAGGUUCGAACAGUGAAAGCUGCAGAAUGUCACCAUGCGUGUGCAUAUCAUGGUUUUUAUUUAAUCAGGGAAUUAUUCAGAAACUGUCCAUUUUAUUUUCAUCAUCUAUAUUGCUGUUAUCUGGCUUUUAGCUAUUAAGUUUUAAAGGUUGUGAUUUGGCCACUUUUCUUAGUUUUUUUUUUAUAGAAUCUCAAAUUUUUUUGUUCAUAUACUUGAACAGCUUUACAAAAAACGCAAGUCUGCGUGAAGUUAGUCAAGGAAAAAAGGUGAAAACAUUAAGUUGACAGAUCAUUUCAGCGUGUUUACCUGUGUUGGGUCUGUGGAAUCAUUUUUUGUUACCAUCCAUAGCCAUUCUAAUGUUCUGAAGAAGCCAUUUAUUACUGCUUACUUUCCCCUUCAUUCUGCUGGAGUUUACCAGUUUUAAUGUAGCAUUUAAUGAGAAGUGUGGCUACAGUUACCAAAAAAAAAGGUGAUCAAUAGUUAACAACAGUAGCUAAUCUAAGCUAAACAGUAGCUAAGCAUCCACAACUCCUGUCCUCAUAAUUUUAGCUCCGAUAUUCAGUAUGAUAAUCCUAAUUAUUAGCAGCCUUAAAUUGAGUACCUAACCUGUAGCCUGUGUUGCUUUCACUGACCUCAUCUACUGUAUGAGCAUGAUAAUUUGAGUUCAAAGCCAGUCCAAUUUCUACCUUUUAAAGUUUGGUGCUUUUCCCCAAAAGAGUUAAAUUCCACAAGCUUUUGUUGUUUUUAUGACAAUCGUGCCAAGCAGAUUUCCUGGAAGGGAUGAGGAAACGGAGCUGUCUACUGUAUGUGCAUUUUGACCAUGUAUUUGUAAUGUAUUAACAGUUUUUACAGGGUGGAAAAUAUUUUAAUGCUUCUUUAUGUAAACGCUGCACUGUAUAUGGGUUUCAUCGUUUUACUUCUUGAUAUGAUCUGUAAUGUGUGUGUGUGUGUGUGUGUGUGUGCGCGUGUGUGGUUUGGUGCCUGCUGUGUUUAGAAGCUGAAAUCGGCGUCAACUCGAUAGAAAAGUCAAUACACCCGAGAGAUUGCAGCUGUACUUUUUAAGGGGUUUCGCAAAUUUAAUGCAUCAGGGCUCUAAUAUCACCAGGACAAAAAUGCAUUUCUUUUCGGGCAAAAUUUCAUUUAACUUCUUCAGCAAAGUCUUGAGCUGGCACAAACUGAAUACAGCCAAACGUACUCGUGGCCACUUCCAUUCUUUUUCUUUACUCAUGUUUGCUGGCACCACCGAACAGGUAGAUACCGUAUUAUGCAACAAAUGUAAAAGGGCCAAACAGCAAACAUUACAAUCACUGCAGCGUCACAAUGCGUAACCGUUUUCCGCCUGUUGAACCACUGCAGCAGAGGAAACAUCAGCACAGGUGUUGGAACAGGACGGCCGGACCGAGUUAAGGGCUUGCUUCUAAGAUUUGGGCUCACAAACGGGAAGCAAGGCGACGUUUAUUUUACAAAGGCUCCAGAUCUACUCUGCAACUAUCCUAAGAUCAAGUUUGGUUACGAGCAGCAAUUUAUAUUUUAUAACCUGUUGUGUCAAGAGAUGAAGCUGCAUGAUUUUUCUCUGACUUCUACAUGUUAAAUAUUACAAUAUUGUAGCCUCUACAGAUCUGUGGAAUGGUAGCGUUGUCACUCUUAUCACCCAGCUGUCUGGUUUAGAUUUUCUUUUUUCAGUUUGUUUUGCUCCCUUUUCUUUCUUUUUUUUUGGACGAAAAUAAGUUUUGAUGUUCAGCCAUAUGAUAUUCAGCACUGGUCAGCCUUCCUAGUUCAGCAGGUUGGCUUCACGUGUCUUUUUCGUUGAUUUAGUUUUUUUCUAAUACGCCUGUGUUACAUCAUAGUCUGUUGUAUUUACAUGAUCUGUUUUAAGAGUGGAAUUCUUUUGGCCUGAUUGGUCAAUUCAAUUCCAAUCAAUCACCUCAGUAGGUGGGAUUAUUGUCAGAGGAAAUGCCGUCUGUACUCAAGACUCCUGUAUUCAGAGAUGGUAAACAGUGUCUCUAGUUUAGGCAGUAAGUGAGAGUUAAUUGACCUGGGUGAUGCGAAGAUAUCAGCAUUGUAAAAUGGCAUAUUUGGAUCAGUUCUGUACAACUUAGACUCGGCAUCUCAGUAUAUCUCCAGUUCCACUAACACUGUGACACCAGGUAUUAAAGGUUGUUGUUUUUUGUGA